AUGUCGAUUUCUUCUAAGCAAAAUGAUGGUGAAGAUCAAUUUGAAAGUGCUGAUGAAGAUGAAUCAACAUUAACUUCUAUUAUAAAAUCCAUUACUCCAUCUCGAUCUAAUAAAAUUAUAACUUCUAUCAAUCAAAAUCAAAUACAAAUAGUAUCUCAUUCACCAGUAACUGACAAGUGGAAUGACUGGAAUAUUGACAAUGACAUAUCUCUAGAUAAAAAGAUACAAACGACGACUUCAACUAUUUUAGAAAAAGAUGAUAGUUUAUUUGAAAAUAAUCAAAUUGAAUUAAAUGCAAGAAUCGCUCGUUACAAUGACGAGUUAUUAUCAUCGACAAUAGUAACAAAACAUAAUGUUAAAGAUGCUCAUUUUGUAUUAGAUAGACUUGCUGCUCAACCAUCGGUACAUUCCCCAACAUGGCAUACAUCUUGGAGUCAUUUUGGAUCAUUUCUAUCUAAUGCUAAACAAAGUGUUUCAACAUUGACAAAUACUGUCAGUGAAAGUUUUACUGCAGCUAUUGAAUCUGCUGAAGCUGGUCUUGGUGCACUUGAUGCUCAACAAGUAGCAGAAAUGGAUCGUAUCGCAUUUAAAAUUAAAGGCGAAACAUCAGAUAGUGAAGAUGAACCUGAAACGCCAAAUACUCUGAAUGAUAAAAUCGAUUUCAUAACAAAUCAAGAUGGAUGGUUUAAUGCAUUAAGUUUAGGAAAAUUAACAAAUACUGGUAUGAAAGUUGUCUCAGGUAGUCUUAAUGCUCUUGAAAACGUUGGUAAAAAAACAUUUGAUAUUAUUAAUGAAGCUGAUUCAGAUUUAAAAGGAACACGUCAUUUAAUAAAUCAAUCAACACUAUCUGAAACCGUUCAUGAAAAAGAACUAAAAUCAAUAAUUAUUAAAAAUGAACCUGUUACAUUUUUUCAAUUAUUUGAAAAAUAUCAAGGUAUGAUACAUUUUGAAGCACUUGAAUUAUUAUCAAAUCAAUCUACAAUUAUUCUUCAAACGAUGAGAUAUGAAAAUGAAAAAAUACUUGAAGAAAUUUCAAGUUAUUUUCAAAUAAGUAAUAAUGAACAAGAUAUUCCAACAUUAGAUAUUUUAUCAAAAAAUUUUACAUCCUAUCAAACACAAUUAAGAUCAUCGAUAUCAGUUGAUAAAUUACUUGAAAUUUAUGAAUCAGCUAGUCAAUUUCUUAAAGAAUAUGAAUCAAUCGAUACAGAAUUUGAUCAAAAAACUUUAUCUGAUAAUGCAAUUGAUUUCUUAGCAAUAUUAUGUUCAUCUAUUAUUGAAUAUUAUCGUAAAACAGCAGAAUUAUUUUUACUCGGUUGUCAAAGUUUAACAUCAUUUUCAAUUGAUAUUGAAUUAUUAUCUAUUUAUCGAAAACAACAACAAGAUUUUUCUAAUAUGCUUACUGGUAUAUCAAAUCUAUUUGUUAAACAUAUAACUGAUUAUAAUCAUAGUUAUAAUUUAAAAUUUCUCAAUCAAAUAUUUCUACAAUCAUCUAUUUCACAAACUUAUGCAUCUAAUGCUUAUAUUCUAUUAAAACCUAUUAUUAGUCAAUCGAUUUUAUAUCAUACAUCAACAACAAGAUAG